AAUAAUCUAAGGGUUUGGUAUGGUUUAGUUCAGUUGGGUUAUAAAGGCUCCAAGCUAAACUUCAUCGUUUCCUCUCCACCAAGUAGUGAGUAUCUCUUUCUUUCUCUCUUUCUCCGCGGAAUCUCUUUUUCUGGUUGCGUUUGAGUCCGAGAGAUGGCGGAGGAGAAGAAAGUUGCUCCAAUUGGUAUCUGGACUACUGUGAAGCCCUUCGUCAAUGGCGGUGCCUCUGGUAUGCUUGCAACUUGCGUUAUCCAGCCGAUUGACAUGAUCAAGGUGAGGAUUCAACUAGGUCAGGGAUCUGCAGCCAGUGUGACCACGACCAUGUUCAAGAAUGAGGGUAUCGGUGCCUUUUACAAGGGUUUAUCUGCUGGUUUGCUGAGGCAAGCAACUUACACCACUGCCCGUCUUGGAUCAUUCAAGUUGCUGACUGCAAAAGCAAGUGAGGCAAAUGAUGGGAAGCCACUACCGCUGUAUCAGAAGGCUCUUUGUGGUUUGACAGCUGGUGCAAUCGGUGCUUGCGUUGGUAGUCCAGCCGAUUUAGCGCUUAUCAGAAUGCAAGCCGAUAAUACUUUGCCGUUAGCUCAGCGCAGGAACUACACCAACGCCUUCCAUGCGCUUUACCGUAUUAGUGCUGAUGAAGGAGUUCUAGCACUUUGGAAAGGUUGUGGACCAACUGUGGUCAGAGCAAUGGCUUUGAACAUGGGAAUGCUUGCGUCUUAUGAUCAAAGUGCUGAAUACAUGAGAGAUAAUCUUGGUCUUGGGGAGACAUCUACGGUCGUAGGAGCAAGUGCUGUUUCCGGAUUCUUCGCUGCGGCUUGCAGUCUGCCAUUUGACUUUGUCAAAACUCAGAUCCAGAAAAUGCAACCCGAUGCUCAGGGUAAAUAUCCAUACACGGGUUCGCUCGACUGUGCCAUGCAAACCUUAAAAGCAGGAGGACCUCUCAAAUUCUACACAGGUUUCCCUGUUUACUGCGUCAGGAUCGCCCCUCACGUCAUGAUGACAUGGAUCUUCCUGAACCAGAUUACAAAAUUCCAAAAGACCAUUGGGCUGUGAUCUUAAUACAAACAUUGUCAAGUGCGCGGCAAAAAUAAGAUGAGAAGAACGAAAACGCAAUUGGAAUUGUGUUCAUUUCCUUUUUUUUUUAAUCAAAUAACUAAAGGCAUUAUUGGAGGUGUUUGAGACUUAAAUUUUUUUUUUUCUGUUAAUGGUCGUUGAUUGGUCCGUGAACUUCAAAAUUUUCCUCUUGAUGUUCAAAACAAACAGAUACCAGAGAAUUUAAGACUUUA